AGCUGCUCAGCCCUAAAACCCUAGUUCAACAGAAGCGAGAGCUCCGCUCAUAUAUAUUUCUCUCCUUUGCACUUCGGCCGGAACCAGCGACGCCACUUCUUACCCCUUGCCGCCGUCUCGUCGUUAACCAUGGCCCCAAAAAGAGGUGCUAAGCCCGCAGCAGCUGCAAAGAAGAAAUCUGAUAAGGUUGUGAAUCCAUUGUUUGAGAAAAGGCCGAAGCAAUUUGGAAUUGGUGGUGCUCUCCCUCCGAAGAGAGACUUGACUAGAUUUGUCAAGUGGCCUCAUGUUGUUCGUAUUCAAAGGCAAAGGAGGAUCCUGAAGCAACGAUUGAAGGUUCCCCCAGCUGUGAACCAGUUCACUAAAGCACUGGACAAGAACCUAGCCACUCAGCUGUUCAAGCUUUUGCUGAAGUAUCGCCCGGAAGACAAAGCUGCUAAGAAAGAAAGGCUUAUUAGCAAAGCACAAGCCGAAGCUGAAGGGAAGACUGUGGAGUCCAAGAAGCCCAUUGUUGUUAAGUAUGGACUUAACCACGUGACUUACCUUAUUGAGCAGGGUAAAGCCCAGCUGGUGGUUAUUGCUCAUGAUGUUGAUCCAAUUGAGCUGGUUGUCUGGCUGCCUGCACUUUGCCGUAAGAUGGAGGUCCCAUAUGCUAUCGUGAAGGGCAAGUCUCGCCUCGGAGCGAUAGUCCACCAGAAGACGGCUGCAGCCUUGUGCCUUACAUCUGUGAAGAACGAGGACAAGAUGGAGUUCAGCAAGAUUCUGGAGGCAGUGAAGGUAAUGGACAAUUAGACAAACACCUUGACGAUCUACUGAUCAUAAAUGAUCUUUAACUUGUGGCAGAUAUCCCAUACAUACAAUUAUAAUCGUGCAUGGCUGUCCUUCCGGAACCUUGUGUGUUGUUGUGGGUCUUAACAGUCGCUUUGCUAUGUGUAUUUGCAGGCUAACUUCAACGACAAGUUUGACGAACACAGGAAGAAGUGGGGUGGUGGGAUCAUGGGAUCCAAGUCGCAGGCCAAGACCAAAGCCAAGGAGAGACUGUUGGCCAAGGAAGCUGCCCAAAGGAUGUCUUAACUUAAAGCCCCUUGAUAUAGCUGCAGAAUAUUGUCAAUUUUGGAGGAUUGUUUGCCUUCCCCUUGAAGUUUGUUUCUUAGUGUACGACUAGCUGCGUUUCUAUUUCUCCUUUCGUUGGGAACCAGGAGGUUUAUUACUAUGUCUGAUUAUGAGGGGAUAACGAUUGAAAGUGGUACUGUUUCAAAGAGAUGUUUCAAAUGCAUGGUUCAUUCUCCUAUAUA